GUUCGCAAAUAUGAAAGUCGCGUAAUUAAAGGAAAAAAAAACUAAAUAAACAAAACGCAUAUAUGGAUGAUGGGGAGAAGAAAACCAAAACAAAAGACAUCGACGUCGAGAAGCAGGGAGGCGAGCCCCCCCGCGCCGCCUUGGAAAAACAGCUGAGCAUUGAGGAAAAUGAACCGUUGGAAAAGGCUAAAGAAAAACCACCGCCUGGUCUCAAUGGAUCCCUUAUAAUGCUCUACCUGCUGUUUUUUGUAAUGUUUGCCACUGGUUGGAUUACUUUAAACAGUUGUUCAAUAAACAGACUCAUUCCAAUAUAUUUAAUAGUGGCAGGUAGCGUUGGAGCCCUGGCCAAAUUCCUAAGCAAGAUAAAAAAUAAACAUUUGUUUAACUUGACUGUUGCCUUGGUUAUAUUCGAUGUCGUAUGGCAUCUUUUAGGUACCUAUUGGGUUUAUAGAGAAUAUCAACCAAACUAUGAUCCAAAACAAGGGAAAUACUGCAACCGGACAGCGUAUUUAUUAUCCUUCUGGGUCCUAACUUUCCAGUAUACUUUACUAACGUUUUUUAUAUUGAUAUCAGGUUGUUAUAUGAUGAUGAGGGGUGAUUUUAAAAAGAAAUAAAU